CCUUUCAUUCCACGCUUACUGAGUAACGUUAUCUCAAUCUCACACAGUGCUUACUUACUUGCUUCCUUAGUUCCUUCAGAUUUCUCUAAGCUCGAAAGCGCAACCCGAAACUCCACUAUCCAGCUAAGCCAUGAAGAGAGGCAGAGAAGAUGAUCAGACCCUGGAUUUGGUUAGUUGCUUGAUGCUGUUAUCCAAAGUCGGCCAAAAUGAUUCAUCCCCAAUUAAAAAACAGAAGACCUUGGAUCGUGCCUUUGUUUGCAAGACGUGUAACCGCGAGUUCUCCUCGUUCCAAGCCCUCGGAGGUCACAGAGCGAGUCACAACAAACCAAAACUAAUGGCCGGAAAUGGUGCCUCCGACCUCUUACAGUUAGCACAGUCAUCACCGAGCUCCCCGGCCAAGCCCAAGACCCACGAGUGUCCCAUCUGCGGGCUUGAAUUCGCGAUCGGGCAAGCGCUUGGGGGUCACAUGAGGAGACACAGGGAUGUCAUGACUUCCGCUGCUGCGGAUCGGGUUCGGGCGGCAGCGGUGCCGCUGUUGAAAAAAUCAACUAGUAGUAAAUGGGUGUCAUGCUUGGAUCUGGAUUUGAAUUUGGCACCACCGGGAUAUCAACGUCAUUACGAUUUGACGAAGCUGCAGUUGAUUUCUUGAAGCCGAAUAGUACGUAUAUUGAUUAGUAUAUAGUGUACGUUGUACAUAAUGUAUCCUUAAUCUCCUCCGAUUUGGUUAGAUGAUUUUCUAGUCGGAAUUUUUUGAUUCGAUGUCUGUACGUAUAGAAACAGUGGAGAGGAUUAGAUUUGUUUUUUCCAAUAUUUUUUAUUUGUUAAUUAAUUGAUUUUUUGGUAUAA